CAUUUCUACUGUUGAUAGAAACAAGAAGAAGCGAUGGCAAGAACCAAGCAGACCGCCCGUAAAUCCACCGGAGGAAAGGCUCCCAGGAAGCAGCUGGCCACCAAGGCAGCCCGCAAGAGCGCCCCGGCCACCGGCGGCGUCAAGAAGCCCCACCGUUACAGGCCCGGUACCGUGGCUCUCCGAGAGAUCCGCCGCUACCAGAAGUCCACCGAGCUGCUCAUCCGCAAGCUGCCCUUCCAGCGCCUGGUCAGGGAGAUCGCUCAGGACUUCAAGACCGACCUGCGCUUCCAGAGCUCCGCCGUCAUGGCUCUGCAGGAGUCCAGCGAGGCCUACCUGGUCGGACUCUUCGAGGACACCAACCUCUGCGCCAUCCACGCCAAGAGGGUCACCAUCAUGCCCAAAGACAUACAGCUGGCCCGCAGGAUCCGUGGAGAGAGAGCUUAAACUCUAUAACAGACACUCAAUAACACCAAAGGCUCUUUUAAGAGCCACUUCACUCUCAACUAAUGAGCUCAUUUAUGACUAAAGCAACAUAUAUUAUCGCUACUCAAAUUAAGGUCAAUGUCAUGUUAUAACAUGAAUAUACAAUUUAUUCACACAUUGUAUUUAAUAUGUACCAUGUCUGUGUCAGAUGAAUAUAACUUAGUUAUAUCUCACAUACAUUUAAUAUUACCUCCAUUAUAUUAAGUAGUCAAAUCAGUCCUACCUUGACUACAGUAAAUCACUGCCAACUUAAAUGCACAAAUAACAUUGUAACAUAGGUAGAGGCCUGUAGAAGCCCUUUUGGGUUUCUUGACAUUACCUUUUUUACCGGAUAGUAUAUGUUGGCCCAUUAUUUAACAUUUGUAGUGUAUCAAAGUUGUUUAAUUAUCACUGACUUGUCCUCAUAAGCACAACAACACAAUACUAGAUUUAGAAAUAAAAUUCAGAAUGUGAUCCUAUUGUUCCUCUUCCUAAAAACAUUGAUAUCAAAUGCAAACUCUGUUUCUUUAAUUAUAUUACGUUUUAAUAUUUCUAAACAGAAUAAAAAUAAAAAUAAAAUAAAACAAGACCUUUUUCACCCAAUAAUUUCCAAAGCAUUUAUUAAUCUUAAUCAAAAAUGAAGUCUUCAUUAUAUAAGUGAUGCUUGUUAGACAUGCUGCAUACAUAUUUCUAUUAUUUCUAUGAGAGAACACAUUUCAA